CUGGGGCGACGGGAAGAGAUGAGCAACAACAGCAGUAAGAGAGCUCCAACAACAGCAACCCAGCGACUCAAGCAGGACUAUCUUCGAAUUAAGAAAGACCCUGUGCCUUACAUCUGUGCUGAGCCCCUCCCUUCCAACAUUCUUGAGUGGCACUAUGUGGUCCGAGGCCCUGAGAUGACCCCCUAUGAAGGUGGCUAUUAUCAUGGAAAACUAAUUUUUCCCAGAGAAUUUCCUUUUAAACCUCCUAGUAUUUAUAUGAUAACUCCCAAUGGAAGAUUUAAGUGCAACACGCGGCUGUGUCUUUCCAUCACGGAUUUCCACCCGGACACGUGGAACCCAGCCUGGUCUGUCUCCACUAUCCUGACGGGGCUCCUUAGCUUCAUGGUGGAGAAGGGCCCCACCCUGGGCAGUAUAGAGACGUCGGACUUCAUGAAAAGACAACUGGCUGCACAAAGUUUAGUGUUUAAUUUAAAAGACAAAGUCUUUUGUGAAUUAUUUCCUGAAGUUGUGGAGGAAAUUAAGCAAAAACAGAAAGCACAAGACGAGCUCAGUAGCAGACCCCAGGCUCUCCCCUUACCGGACGUGGUUCCUGACGGGGAGACGCACCACGGCCAGAACGGGCUUCCGCUCCUCAACGGGCACGUGCCGGGAGCCGGGCCGCACCUCGCAGGCCUCCAGCAGGCCAACCGGCACCACGGACUCCUGGGUGGUGCCCUGGCGAACUUGUUUGUUAUAGUUGGAUUUGCGGCCUUUGCCUACACGGUCAAAUACGUGCUGAGAAGCAUAGCGCAGGAGUGAGCCCCGCCGCGACCCGCAGAGGUGGUCGGAAACGAGGGACGCUGGGCCGAGCUCGACGCGGGCCGGCUGGACGUGCUGCCGGACACGGGCCCAACCCUUCUGACUCCUGGGGUUAGCUUUUUUAAAACCUUUAAAAGGAAAACAGAAACCAGAGUGUGUGGUUUGGAUUUGGAGGAGACAUGGGGUUCCCAGCCCCUGUUCUCGUCCUGGGGUCUGUCAGGGGCUGUGGGGCUCUGUGUCCAUGAGGAGGCUGCACGCUUUGGUUUUAUAGCUUAUUUCCUGUAUUAUCUUUUGAACCUGUUUUAGUAACCUGUUUUUCAUUUUAUUAGAUUUGGUCACUUAAAAAUAUAAAACUCCAUGCCUAUCCAACACUGCGUGCAUUCUUGGUCUUGGGGACCCUGACUUAGCAGGCAGAGGCUGGCGUCUCGAGGGGCAUGGCGGGGGCGCCCGGGGCCAGCUGGCCAGGGACAGCACGGCAGGUCGGGGACCUGGGCUUUGGUCUCGGCAUUUAAAACACGUUUGUGUUCACUUAGAACAAAGCAGGUUCUAAUGCGCGUGUGCUUCGCUUUGCUGAAGCUGACAAUCUGCUUACUUUCAGUGACCACAAGCUGUCGUCUUAACGCAUCGGGCUGAGCUGCCUGGCCCUCUUGGUCAUGCUGCCGGCUUCCCCUCACCCCGCAGCCUCCUCCAGGCUCCUGCGUGCUGCAGGGGGUCUUUCGGUUCCUGCGCUGGUGGAGGGUGGAGACCCCCAGCAGCCCCAUGGGGCCCCACCCUCCAGGCAGGCUCUGUACACUUGGGGCUUCCCUUACACUUGGUCCAGAUCUUUGGUUUGCCCUAAAGAUAGGCUCGCACAUUCCUUUUCACAGCUGAUCCAUGUCAGGUUCCUUGAAGACGACGUGGGGGACUGGGCGUCAGAGGGAGAAGCUACUGGGAAGGAUGCGGCUGGGUUCAGGGCAGAGCCGGCGGGCUUCGUCUCAGAUUUGGGACCUGUGAUUCCCUGGAUUGCCGAUGUCUUCCUGGUCCACGUCUCUGCUUAAUGAGUUCACCUGCACGGUGUUUGGAAGGUGCUGUGUCUGGGAGCCACCGGAUGAGAUGCUGUGACCUCGCUCUGGAGGCUGGCAGGAAACAGCAGUGUAGCUGGGCGACUGUGCAUUCUUGACAUUCUGUAUUUUUGGAUCAAUUUAUUUAAAAUUGCUCUUUGAUUUACCACUUGUGUGUAUUCAGCCUGCUUUUGUGAAAAGUUUUUCAUUAUAUCUUUGUUCCUAAA